AUGGACACGAGCCGCAUGCAGGCCAUAAAGCUGGUUAGGGUAACCAAAGUGCUGGGCAGGACCGGUUCACAGGGACAGUGCAUGCAGGUGCGUGUGGAAUUCAUGGAUGACACCAGCCACUCUAUCAUCCAAAACGUCAAAGGCCCCGUUCGAGAGGGUGAUGUGCUCACCCUGUUGGAAUCAGAAAGAGAGGCUCGGAGGUUGCACUGA